CCCCAACAUAACCUGCAAAAAAUGCUGCAAAGCAUAACAAACGUUCGUUUGUUGUGUAUUUGAUUUUCAAGUUAAAAAUUCUAGCUCACAAGAAAUAAUGCCAAAAGGCAGUGUAAAAUAUGAUCACAGACGCGAGAGCUAUUCACCAGAUUCUAGCCAUCGCUCUAGAAGAAGAUCUAGAACCCCUAGCGAUCACCGAAAAAAAUCUAGUAAAUCUCAUCAAAAAAGCUCCGAAAGACAUCGUUCUUCCUCCAGAAAACAUUCUGAACGUUCAAAAAGAUCCCCAAAAGGAGCAAAAUCCAAAAAGCGAGAUUACAGCAGCGAUUCUAGUAGUUCCAGUAGCACAUCCAGCAACUCGGAUAAAUCAGUGAAACUAUUGUCUAAGCUAGAAAAAGAACGGAUCAGAAUAUUAGAGGAACGUAAACGGCAAAAGGAGCUUCUUAAGGCGACUGAAACAGCUGAAGAAAAACGCCUUAGACGAUUAAAAAAGAAAGAGGAAAAAGAAAGAAAGCGUAAGGAGAGAAUGGGCUGGGACAAUGAGUAUCUCCACUACACAAACAGUGACAAUCCUUUUGGAGAUGGCAAUUUACUGACCACAUUUGUAUGGUCUAAAAAAAUGGCAAAAGAGGGUCUAACAAAUGCAAGUCAUGAAGAAUUAGAAGCGCGGAAUAGAUUCAAACAGGAGGAAAACAAGAGAGAAUUAGAGAAAGUGAAGAAGAGGAGACAGGAAAGGGAAUUGGAGAGGCAGAGGAGAGAAGAGGAAACGCAGUUGGUUCAGAGGAGUAAGGAGGCUGCUCAAUUUGAGGAAUGGGAAAGGCAAGAGGAUCAGUUUCAUUUGGAACAGGCUAGGUUGAGGAGUCACAUAAGAAUACAGGAUGGUAGAGCAAAACCCAUAGACCUGCUGGCUAAAUACAUAAGUGCAGAGGAGGAAGUGGAUGCUGUUGAAAUGCAUGAACCUUACACUUAUCUCAAUGGCCUUCAUAUCAAAGAUCUUGAGGAUCUUGUGGAAGAUAUUAAAGUUUAUAAAGAACUGGAGAGGGGCAAAAACUUAGAUUAUUGGAAUGAUAUUACUGUUAUUGUUGAAGAUGAAUUGCAGAAACUUAGGAAGUUUCAGAGAGAACAAGAUUUAGAUACAGGGGUAGGCAGACGUGAAGGUAUUAAUCAAGCAGUGGCCCAGGAUGUGACAGCAGUUUUUAAAGGAAAAACCGCCAUCCAACUUGAAGCACUUCAAAAACAAAUCGAGAGUAAAAUUAAUGGAAAAGCUGAUGGGAUAGAUAUUGGUUACUGGGAAUCCUUGUUAUCUCAGUUAAAGGCGCAUAUGGCCAGGGCAAGACUUCGCGACAGGCACCAAGAAAGUUUAAAAAGGAAACUUCAAGUUCUCAAGGCAGAACAAGCGGUAACUGUACCAGAAACUAACAAUGAAAACAGCAAUCAUUCUAUAGAGAACGAGGCAAUAUCGAAAUCUGAAGAGCAGCAACCUGGAACUUCACAGGAAUCUGCAGAGGAAAGUGAAGAAGAGGGAACUGAAGAGGCUGCCAAUGACAUUUUGAACGAGUGCUUUGUGGCUUAUCAAAAUGGCGGGUAUAGUCCGAGGUUGCUGAGUCCUGAAGAGAUUGAACCAGGAACUAUAGUAGUAACUGAAGAAGACGACACUAAUCGCCUAGAAUUCGCCAGGAUGCAAGUCACUGACAAAGGCAAAAAAGUCGAAAAUGUAAUUACAAAAGAGGAGCUUCUUUUACAAAAAGAAGCUCGCAAAGGUAUGGGAGAAGACGAGGCUCAAUUUAGUGUGGAACAAGCCUUAGAUAGUCAAGUUUACUUGUGGUCCGAUAAGUACAGACCGAGAAAACCGAGAUAUUUCAACAGGGUUCACACCGGUUUCGAGUGGAACAAAUAUAACCAGACCCAUUACGAUAUGGACAAUCCGCCACCGAAAAUCGUGCAAGGAUACAAAUUUAACAUAUUUUACCCCGACUUGAUUGAUAAAAAUUCCACACCAGAGUAUUUCUUGACGGCCUGUUCGGAUAAUAGGGAAUUUGCGAUUUUGAGAUUCCAUUCCGGUCCGCCCUAUGAGGAUAUCGCUUUUAAAAUUGUGAAUAGAGAGUGGGAGUAUUCGUAUAAAAGAGGAUUUAGGUGUCAGUUUCACAAUAAUAUUUUUCAGCUGUGGUUUCAUUUUAAGAGGUAUAGAUAUAGGAGAUGAAUAUUAUGGUUUCAUUUUUGUGGUUCUGUUUUUAUUGGGUUAAGCAUGUAAAAUAAAUUAUUUUAUCAUUAUAAGUA